GGCGGGCCGGGGGCCCGUUCCGCGCGCUGGGAUUUUUAAAUGUCCCGCUCUUAGCCGGGCGCAGGAGCAGCCGGCUCGGCCGCCAGCGCGGUGUGGGGGCAGGCGCGGAUCCCGCCACCGCCGCGCGCUCGGCCCUCCGCAGCCUCCCGCCUCCCGGCUUCCCGCUCGCCUCUGCCUCCUGCCUCCGGCCUCGGCUCGUGCAGCCCGCCUGCCUGCCGCGGAGACGGCUUCGGGCCUGAGGUCUGAUCCUGCGCCCAGCGCCAUGCCGAGGGAAAAGAAGGAGAGGGAUGGGAAGGAACCCGGCACCAUGAAAGAGGAAAGCGGCACCGAUGUCUCUGUUCGCUCCAGGAAAAGGAAGGCAAAUGUGGCCGUUUUUUUGCAGGAUCCAGAUGAAGAAGUUGCCAAAAUUGACAGGACCGUGAGACACCAGUGUGGCAGUCAGCCUUGGGACAGUAAUACAGUCUGUGAAAACCCCUGUUCCUUGAUUCCCACACCUGACAAAGAAGAGGAUGAGCUCGUAUACCCGAAUUCUGCGUAUAAGCCUCAGAGUUGCACACCAUCUAGAGCCUCGCCACUGCCUGUACUGAACUGGGCAAAUAGAGAGGAAGUAUGGAAAAUCAUGUUAAACAAGGAAAAGACAUACUUGAGGGAUAAGCACUUUAUGCAGCGGCACCCUCUUCUGCAGCCUAAAAUGCGAGCGAUUCUUCUAGAUUGGUUAAUGGAGGUGUGUGAAGUUUAUAAACUUCACAGAGAGACAUUUUACUUGGCACAGGAUUUCUUCGAUCGGUAUAUGGCAACACAACAAAAUAUUGUAAAAACGCUUUUACAGCUUAUUGGGAUUUCGUCUUUAUUUAUUGCUGCCAAACUUGAGGAAAUCUAUCCUCCAAAGUUGCACCAGUUUGCUUAUGUUACAGAUGGGGCUUGUUCAGGAGAUGAAAUUCUUACCAUGGAGUUAAUCAUUAUGAAGGCCCUUAAGUGGCAUUUAAGUCCCCUGACCAUUGUGUCCUGGCUGAAUGUAUACAUGCAGGUCGCAUAUCUAAAUGAUUUUUAUGAAGUGCUCCUGCCGCAGUAUCCUCAGCAAAUCUUCAUACAGAUUGCAGAGCUUUUAGAUCUCUGUGUCCUGGAUGUCGGCUGCUUAGAAUUUUCUUAUGGGGUACUUGCUGCUUCUGCCUUGUAUCAUUUCUCUUCAUCUGAAUUGAUGCAAAAGGUUUCAGGGUAUCAGUGGUGUGAUAUAGAGAAGUGUGUCAAGUGGAUGGUUCCAUUUGCCAUGGUUAUAAGGGAAACAGGAAGUUCAAAACUUAAGCACUUCAGGGGAGUUCCUGCUGAAGAUGCACACAACAUCCAGACCCAUAUAAACAGCUUGGAUUUGCUGGACAAAGCCCAAGUAAAGAAAGCCAUAUUGUCUGAAGAAAAUAGGAUUUCUCCUCUCCCCACUGGGGUCCUCACCCCACCACAGAGCAGUAAGAAGCAGAGCAGUGGGCAAGGAACAGCAUGACCACACCAGCAUCCUCACCAAAGACAGCUGUGCGGAAGUGCCUGCCCCCAGUUCUCUCCCGUCUACUGCAGCAGAGGCGUGCAUUUGCUUUUACAGAUAUUUAAAUGGAAGAGCAUGUCUCUUCCGCAACAGAAGGUUUCUGUGGAUGGCAUUGGACAGGGAGAAGUGUUUCUUAUUGAAUGCUUAGAUUUUUUUAAUAAGUGGGUCAAGUACACCAGCCACCUCCAGAACACCAAUGAGUGCUCCAGAUGCUGCUAAGGAGGGUGAUACUUGACUUGAUUGACUGUUCACACAAAUAACAAAGGCUUGAAGUUGAGGAGUGCCAUGUUGCUGUUGGUCUCCCCCUGGCUGUUCUGGGUCGAGUCGUAUUAAGUGGAACAGGUGGUUGUGAGCGUUAACGGUGCGCAGCCCACAACCAGCUAUGCUGGGGGCCUCCCCUUUCCAUACUAUCAGUUGACAGUGUACAAUGCCUUUCAUGAACUGUUGUUUUGUAAGUGCUGCUAUGUUUAUCUGUUUUUUAAUAAAGAUAAAACACUGUCUUUGAGACAGCUGGUUUUA